GUAUGAACAUAACAAAACUUGAAAAGUCCAUAGUUCAUACAUUAGCUCUGUGGGAUCCCACUGUCAACAAUUCCCAGUCACCUUUAACCCUCAAAUAGUGCCUCAGAGAAACCAAAAGCUUUACUUUGAUCAAGCUCAACUCCCUAUGAAACUAUUAUUUCUUCCUUUGAUGUAGGUUAGACUUUUUAAAGUAAAGAGUAAAGACAUAAAUAUAGUACCUGAAAUGAAGAAACAAAAAAGCACUCCACAAGCCGACACCAAACAAGGCCACCUUCAUCCCACCAUCUACAUCACUUUCUUACAUGUUUUAUUUCUCUUGUCUAGAUAUCAACCACCUUUUCUCUCACACUGCCUUAUACUCUUUCUCUCUCAAGUUGCAACAAAGUUUUCUCUGACUAAGCUGUGACCUCCAUUGUUAUCUUCCACUAGCCUUAGUAUCUCUUAAUUACUCAGACACACUCCCCCAAUACGCUUUGUUCUUCAAUCAUGGCUGCUUUAGUGCUUGCAGUGCUCAUUCUGGCCAUGACUGGCCGCUCAAGUGCCACAUGGUGUGUUUGCAAGGAUAGUCUGGGUGAAUCAGCCUUGCAGAAGACUUUGGACUAUGCUUGUGGAGCUGGGGCUGACUGUAAUCCUAUCCAUUCAACCGGGCCUUGUUUCAACCCCAACACUGUCAGGGCACAUUGCAAUUAUGCUGUUAACAGCUAUUUCCAAAGAAAAGGCCAAGCUCAAGGCUCUUGUGAUUUUGCUGGCACUGCAACUGUCACUGCAUCUGACCCUAGUUCUACUGGCUGUGCCUACCCAUCCAGUGUCAGUACCGCAGGCACCACCACAACACCAACCACUCCUGUCACAACAACUACUCCAUCAAACACCACACCAUCGACCAUGAACCCAAGCACUAACACCCCAACAAGCACAACACCGUAUGGUACAACAACACCUACAGGAGUCUUAGGAGGAGCUGGCACCGGCUUAGGCCCUUCCGGAGCAGGGAUCAACACAGACUACAGUGAUGGAGGAUUUAGGCUCCCAGGCUUCUCUUCCUUCAUAACUCUCUUGUUUUCAGGCUUGAUGCUAUUGUGGGGUUGAAAAAAAACAUUGAGUGAGUUAAUUGUGGGUUGUGUUAGUGAGGUAAGGUAAGGGUGGUCAGUGGUUAUGCUGGAUUUCAAUGUUCAUAAGUUGGUAUCCAUGUGAUUCUCUGCUUUUGUUUAUCUAUGAACAUGUCAUUAGCAUGGCAAUGGGGAUUUUAUUCCUUUUUAAA